AUGAGCCUUCAGUCGAGGAGCAGCAGCAGCGCUCGCCGAUCGAGGCGCAGGCGCUACCCGUGGCGGCGGCGGCCCCCCCGCGCGGUGCGGCCGAACCAGAAGCGGACCAAGAACUUCAGCGACAAGGAGGACGAGAUGCUGGCGCUGGCGUGGCUCAACGUGAGCGCGGAAGGGCCGGCGCACGGCGGCGAGCGCGCGCCCUACUGGAAGCGGAUGCACGACUACUUCCACUCCCGCAGGGACUUCGAGUCGGAACGCAGCGAGAACUCGCUCCUCCACCGCUGGUCCACCAUCCAGGACAACGUCAAGCGCUUCGACCGAUGCGUCGCCGACGUCGUCGACGGCCAGCAGGACGACAACUCGCUCACGCCUCAGGACACGGUGGUGCAGGCGCUGGCUCUGUUCAAGUCUGAGGACAAGAAGAACAAGUCGUUCCAGUUCCUGCACUGCUGGAACCUCCUGAGGUCGCACCAGAAGUGGAUCGAGAGGUCGUCGCAGAAGCUGGCGUGGAUCAACCGGUCGUCGUCGUCCCAGUCCCAGACCCAGGUGGCGGCCUACUCGUCUCAGAAGAAACAGAAGACGACUCCCGAGGCUGCAGGUCAGGAUUGCGAGGUGUUGGUACAGCCAGUGGAUGUGGAUAAGCAGAAAGAGAAUUUACAGCAAGGUGGAGCUGGUUUGUAUUACCUGGAGGCAUCAGAUGAUCUUUGGGGGAAGAGGAACUCGGCUAAUGAGGGGAGAGAGCUCAAAAUGGCCAGGGAGAUGAACAGGAUGAUACCGACAGAGACGAACAGGCUGAUGCGGAGAGACAGAUCAACAACAACAAUGGCGAGAGAGACAAACAUGAGAGAUAAACAUGCGCUGGAACAACAGAAGGUUGCGCUAGAACAACAGAAACAGAAGGUUGCGCUAGAACAGAAGUAUGCGCUGGAACAAAAGAAGGUUGCGCUAGAACAGGAGAGGAUUGCGCUAGAACAAGCCAGGGCUGCUAAUGAGGCGAGGAGCCUCAAGAUAAAGAGGAAAGAAUUGGACUUGAAGAGCAAAGAGGUGGAUUUGAAGAUCAUGUUAGAAGAAGAGAGAAUCAUGACUAAGGACACUAGCGGCAUGCCUGGGAUACAACAGCAGUACUACAAGAUGCUGCAGAAUGAGAUCAUGACUCGGCGGUUCAAUAGCUCGGGUUCACCUUGUAUGAACCACUAG